AUGCAGCAAUCAAGACCCUCUUCGUCCGAAACAUCGCCAAUCGAGGCGCAAUGUCAACUCUCAGCUGAGGGGUUUCACGAGUCUAUGGAAGACGGUGGCGCUGGCGCUGGAGCUGGAGCUGGAGCUGCAGUCAUAAUCGAGUAUGGAUUUCCACACGAUGUAACGCUGAGUCGGUUGGGCAUCGAGAAUGCAGGCAUGCGUAAUGGUCCGAGAUACGAGGCCAACAUCGGAAACAUCGGACGGUUGACGAGGUUCAGUCGACGAACGGAGCGCGAUCGCGGUAGGAAGGUGAUCGCCAGUUAA